GAAUCACGUCAUUACGUAAUGGCUGUGGUUGUCAGUGUCAGUAGAUAAAAUUUUAAUAAUUUAUCUUUUCAUAUAAAAUAAUGGCUGUCCCGUUCCGGAUUCUUUCUCGCUGUAAAGAUGGUUUUAAGCUUGGAAAUGUCAGAUUUCAGUCUCAGUAUACUGAGACUAGAAAAAACUUAAUACUCACAAAAGAAACUAAAGUCAUAGUGCAGGGUUUUACUGGCAAACAAGGAACAUUCCAUAGUCAACAGGCACUUGAUUAUGGAACUAAUGUUGUUGGUGGUGUAUCACCAAAAAAAGCUGGAACAGAACAUCUGGGUAAGCCAGUUUUUGCAACUGUGAAAGAGGCAAAAGAGAAAACUGGUGCCCAUGCAUCUGUCAUCUAUGUACCACCCCCGGCUGCAGCUGGAGCCAUUAUGGAAUCUAUUGAAGCUGAAAUUCCUUUGGUUGUGUGCAUCACAGAAGGAGUACCUCAACAUGAUAUGGUACGUGUGAAACAUGCCCUACUCCGACAGAACAAGACCAGGCUGGUAGGCCCUAACUGUCCUGGUAUUAUAGCACCUGAGAAGUGCAAGAUUGGUAUCAUGCCAGCAGCUGUGCAUAAGUCUGGAUGUAUCGGAGUUGUUUCCCGAUCUGGUACACUUACCUAUGAGGCUGUACAUCAGACAACAAUAACUGGUUUGGGCCAGACACUAUGUGUUGGUAUUGGUGGUGAUCCUUUCAACGGAACAGACUUUAUUGAUUGCUUAGAAGUGUUUCUUGCUGACCCUAACACCAAGGGAAUCAUCCUUAUUGGAGAGAUAGGUGGUAAUGCAGAAGAGUUAGCAUCGGAAUACCUCACCCAGAACAACACUACCAAGGGUCAAAAGGCUAAGCCAGUCGUAUCAUUCAUUGCUGGUUUGACAGCACCUCCUGGUAGACGCAUGGGUCACGCUGGGGCAAUCAUAUCAGGUGGUAAGGGAGGUGCCAUGGACAAAAUUAAAGCUUUAGAAAAGGCAAAUGUUAUCGUCACCCGCUCUCCUGCGAAAAUGGGCGCCGAGUUGUUAAAAGAAAUGAAGCGAUUGGAACUUGUUUAAAGAAUCAUGCAGUGACAUUAUUUUACUUUGUAUAGAAUUUUAGUAAUUAUACCAUAUUUAUUUAUUC